GUUAGUUACACAGUUCGAUAUCAGAUUGUUAAUAGACCAGAUGCCGAUUCGCAUUGGAAGCAAUCUCGCACGAACUUGAAUCAUCUUCGCCUCGACUUGCCUAAUUUGAGACAUGGAGAUGAAAUUCAUGCUCAAGUGAGAGCUGAAAGAGGAGGCCAUGUAAUUGAAGAUUGGUCUCAAACAUUGAUCAUAUCAGUAUCGAGAAGGCUGCUUGUUGAUAAUUUAAGUGUUGAUGACAAUGGAUUUUUGCCACCACUUGAUUUCACUGCUAUUAUCUUGAGUCCAUCAAGUGUUCGCCUUGAAUGGACUCCAAACAAUCCGAAUAUUUUCGUGAAAAUUCUAAAACUGUUUUCAGGAUUGCAUUAUAUUAUAAAUGUGAAGCAAUUAACAUCGAAGACUGGUGAACCACUUUUCCAACGACAGAUCAAAGUUGUUGCGAAUAAUUUUGCUCUAGGCAAUUUAAAACCGGGCGAACAUUACGAAAUGACAAUUCGAACAGCUCUCAGUCCUGAACAAAUGUCCGAUACUGCAGCUAUUGUCGAAAUAACUAUGCCUAAAGAUGAUGAAUAUUUUGAGGUGGGCAAUCUUGUUAUCAGUAGUCACUUCCAAAGCAGUGGACAAGGAAUUGUCAAUCUCACCUGGGAUGUGCCACCUCACAUCCAACGAAAAAUUAAAUCUUAUGAUGUCGAAUAUAAGGAAAUGAAUGAUAAUAAUUGGCAAAAAUUGCAAUUUAUUGGACAAAUUCCAUCAGCAACCUUAAAGAAUUUGAAAAGUGGCACAGAAUAUUUAUUAAAGAUAAAAACAACUUUGCACGGUGAUGUUUCUACUGAAAGUGGUCAUUUCAAAUUUCGAACACCCGAAGUCCUAAUGAAUCCGAUCAACAAAGUUGAUGUUAUCUACACAAAUGAAAUGGAUUCUGUGCGAUUACAUUGGGUAUUAGAACCGUCAAUUAUCGCUAUAAACGAAGUGUUCGGUUAUGAUGUUUAUUUAACUGAAGAUAAGGAUCUGCCAGAAUCACAAUGGAAAUACCUUUAUUCAAGCGAAAACUCUGUAUCUGUAAAUGCACUUAAAAGUGGAACCACUUAUUAUAUUAAAAUAAAUGUGCGCAAAACGGAUGGAACUGUUGUGCGUUCGACCGUUUACUACACUGAUCGGCAAGAACUGCCGUUGCAACAGUGGAAUCGAAUGGACAUAUAUAAUGCCGAUCAAGUAAUUUCGUCUAAAAACUUUUAUCACCUCGGUCAUGAUCAUCCUCAGCCUCGGAUCGUCAGAGGCCUGGGAGAUUGA